GCAUCAGUAAAUACCGUACGUGGACAGUAAGCGGACGGAUAUAUUUUCUUAUUAUUUUUUAGUGUACCAAUUAGAAAAUUACAAAAAGAAAAAUAUAUUUUUAAUUUCCUUAAACAAUUUAACAAUAACUCAACUAUUGCUUAAGUAAAUUACAAACCACCAAUUAAAGAAAGCACAAAUUUUUCGUAAAUAAAGUAAAAUAAGUGAGUGUGUCAAAAUCGAAGAAAAGCAUAAAAAGUGACGGAAUUUUUCCAAAAAUAAAUUUUCAUAGUUUGCCUGCCUGCGUGAAUCAUUAAAAAAAAAACAUUAACACAACAUCAAAAUUUCUUUUUGAUUUGUGUACUUUUUGUGGGGCGGUGGAAUCUACAAUCGAAAAGUGAUAAAUAUACAAAACUUGAAAUAAAUAAUCAACUAAAAGCAAAAUGUUUAGUUUUUUGAAGCGUGAAAAGGCCAACCAAGAAGUGGUUGAAAAUGUUAUUGGAGAGUUGAAGAAAAUCUACAAAAGCAAACUGUUGCCUUUGGAAGAACAUUAUCAAUUCCACGACUUUCACUCGCCCAAAUUGGAAGAUCCAGAUUUCGAUGCUAAACCCAUGAUUUUGUUGGUCGGUCAAUACUCCACCGGUAAGACAACUUUUAUACGUUACCUCUUGGAACGUGAUUUCCCUGGUAUUCGUAUUGGUCCUGAACCUACCACCGAUCGUUUUAUUGCUGUUAUGCACGACGACAAGGAAGGUGUUAUUCCCGGCAACGCUUUGGUAGUUGAUCCUAAAAAACAAUUCCGUCCCUUGAGCAAAUACGGCAACGCUUUCCUUAAUCGUUUCCAAUGUUCCUCGGUUAACUCGCCCGUACUACAGGCCAUAUCCAUUGUGGACACACCUGGUAUCUUGUCUGGAGAGAAGCAACGCAUUGAUCGUGGUUAUGACUUCACAGGCGUUUUAGAAUGGUUUGCCGAACGUGUUGAUCGCAUAAUUCUCUUGUUCGAUGCCCACAAAUUGGAUAUCUCUGAUGAAUUCCGCAGAUCAAUUGAAGCCCUUAAAGGUCACGACGACAAAAUUCGCAUCAUUUUGAAUAAGGCUGAUAUGAUUGAUCAUCAGCAAUUGAUGCGGGUAUAUGGUGCUCUUAUGUGGUCCUUGGGCAAGGUUUUGCAAACACCUGAAGUAGCUCGUGUAUAUAUAGGUUCGUUCUGGGAUCAACCUUUACGUUUCGAUGCCAAUCGUCGUCUGUUUGAAGAUGAAGAGCAGGAUCUCUUCCGCGAUUUGCAAUCACUGCCACGUAAUGCCGCUCUCCGCAAGCUUAACGAUCUUAUCAAACGAGCUCGCCUCGCCAAGGUACACGCUUUCAUAAUUUCAGAGUUACGUAAGGAUAUGCCUUCAGUGUUCGGCAAAGAUAGUAAAAAGAAAGAUUUAAUUAAGAAUUUGGGACAAAUUUACGAUCGUAUUCAACGUGAACAUUCAAUUUCACCUGGUGACUUCCCCGAUAUCAAGAAAAUGCAAGAUGUUCUGCAACAUCAAGACUUUACAAAGUUCCAUUCGUUGAAGCCACACCUUUUGGAUAUUGUCGACAAUAUGUUGGCCAAGGAUAUUGCCAGAUUAAUGGAAAUGAUACCUCAAGAAGAGAUGACAUUGAUAUCCGAACCUAUGGUUAAGGGUGGUGCUUUCGAAGGUGUCAUUGAUGAUAACGUUUCACCUUUCGGUUACAUGAAAGGUGAGGGUAUCGAUGCUGGUUUUGGUGAACACGAUUGGAUUUGCAGUAGGGACAAAGAACGCACAGAUAUUAUAUUCAACAAACUGGCUCCUGUUGAUGGUAAAAUUUCUGGACAGGCUGCCAAACAAGAACUUAUCAAAUCAAAAUUACCCAACUCAGUUCUUAGUAAAAUUUGGAAAUUGUCUGAUGUGGAUGGUGAUGGUUUCUUGGAUUCAGAUGAAUUUGCUUUAGCUCUACAUUUAAUCAGUGUUAAAUUGGAGGGUAAUGAAUUGCCCAAUGUUUUGCCCGAACAUUUAGUGCCACCAUCGAAACGUUGCUAAUGCUUAUAAACUAUAUAAAACAAAAAGUGAACAUCGUUAACAAUAAUCUGGUGUUUAGUUAUAAACCACACUAUGUUUUCACAUUUCAUCGUUUAUUUAAUUUAAUAUUUUAGUUUCUUUCUUUCUUAAGUUUGAAAUUGCUAAAUCAAUGCCUUUAUUUGUUGUUAUAAUAUUUAAAAUAUUUUAUUUAAUUUUGAAAAAUCGUUUAUGUAACUGUGUACAUAAAUUUAGAAACAGGCUGAAUUUUAAAAUUUAGCAAGUAAAAUAAUUUAAAUAUAUUUUAUUUUUCGGAAAAUUAACACCAUUUUGAAUAAUACACAUGAAACAAAAGCUGUCAUACAAAGAGAGUUUAAAAAACGAAAUCCACACUAAAUUUAAAUAUAGACUUUGUAUAAAAACAAAAAAAAUAUAAAUUAAACCUACUAUUAUCGUAUAUAAUCUAUCUAAAUAUGUAUGUACGAGUCUGUAAAAACGUAUUUAUUUCUUAUUAAAUUUUUGCAUAUUAUUAAUAUACAUACACUCAAACAAAUCCUAAAUAAUAUUAUGAAUGAAAUAAAUAAACUAAUUUACAAAUUAUUUAAGAAAUAUUUAAAAACAUAUUUAAACAUUUUAUAUGUAUUGAAAUAAGCGGUGUUUAUUUAAAGCCUUUAAUGCAAUAGCUUAUUUAUUAUAUUUGUUAUAUCAUCAUAUUAAGCAAAAACAUUUGUGCAAUUUUUUUUAUUAAAUUUCUUCUUUUUUUCUCCUAAACAUAUUACCGUUCAUAUCACGUUCUUUUUGUUUGUAUUCUCGUUUAAAAGUUCUGAUUUAAAUACCUUAAUAAGUCUACAUAUUUUUUGUUUGAUAAUCUUAGUAAAAUUAAAAAAUAUUAAAAAAAAAAAAUUUAAUAGUGAACAAUAUUAUAAAGUUUUUUUGUCAAAAGUAUAUAUUUUUUGUAAAGAUGAAAAUAAAUGAAUAAAAAAUAAAUAAAAAAAAUUAAAAA